CAAAGAUUGUUGCUCCCCACCAGCCUCGCAGUGUGUGGGCUCAACACUAGGAAAGUAGCAGAGAGAAACUGAGAAAAACUCAGUUCAAACUUCACCUGGAGUCUUUGGUCUCUCUCUCUUCUUAAAUUAAGAAAGAGGGGGAUAUUUACCCACCCUUUGCUGCACUCCAAGGGUGCCCCUAUGAAGGCAAUUUGCUGGAUCGUGGCAGGUUUUUACCUGCUUUUCUGCUGCAAGGCAGAAGAGGGACUGAAUUUCCCUACUUAUGAUGGGAAAGACCGAGUGAUUGACCUGAACGAGAAGAACUACAAGCAGGCGUUGAAGAAGUAUGACAUGCUCUGCCUGCUCUUCCAUGAGCCUGUGAGUUCUGACAAGGUCUCCCAGAAGCAGUUCCAGAUGACAGAGAUGGUCCUGGAGCUGGCAGCUCAGGUCCUGGAGCCCAGGAGCAUUGGCUUUGGGAUGGUGGACUCCAAGAAGGAUGCCAAGCUUGCCAGAAAGUUAGGCUUACUUGAAGAGGGAAGUCUCUAUGUCUUUAAGGAUGAACGGUUGGUUGAAUUUGAUGGAGAACUGUCUGCAGAUGUCUUGGUGGAAUUCCUCUUGGAUUUGCUAGAGGACCCCGUGGAGGUCAUAAACAGCAAGCUGGAGCUUCAGGCCUUUGACCAGAUUGACGACGAAAUCAAACUCAUCGGCUACUUCAAGGGAGAAGACUCAGAACAUUUCAAGGCAUUUGAAGAAGCUGCUGAACAAUUUCAGCCCUACAUCAAGUUCUUCGCCACCUUUGACAAAGGGGUUGCCAAGAAGCUAGGCCUAAAAAUGAACGAGGUGGACUUCUAUGAACCCUUUAUGGAUGAGCCUGUUCACAUCCCUGAUAAGCCUUACUCAGAAGAGGAACUGGUUGAUUUUGUGAGAGAGCACAGAAGGGCCACCUUGAGGAAGCUGCGCCCAGAGGACAUGUUUGAGACAUGGGAGGAUGACAUGGAGGGUAUCCACAUCGUAGCCUUUGCUGAAGAAGAUGACCCAGAUGGUUUUGAGUUCCUGGAAAUCCUGAAGCAGGUUGCCAGGGACAACACCGAUAAUCCCGACCUGAGCAUUGUCUGGAUUGACCCUGAUGACUUUCCUUUGCUCAUCACUUACUGGGAGAAGACCUUCAAGAUUGACCUGUUCAGACCACAGAUCGGAGUGGUGAACGUCACAGACGCUGACAGCAUCUGGAUGGACAUCAGAGAUGAUGAUGACCUGCCCACAGCCGAGGAGCUGGAGGACUGGAUAGAGGAUGUGCUUUCUGGGAAGAUAAAUACCGAAGAUGAUGAUGAUGAUGAUGAAGAUGACAAUGAUGAUGACGAUGAUGAUGACGAUGACGAUGAUGAUGAUGACGACGAUAACGAUGAUGAUGAUGAUGAUGAUGACUAACUGUAACUGUGCAGUUUGACUUGUAGGGCCCAAGAGCCCUCACCCUGCAGCAGGUCCCUCCACUGGAAGACCUAUGUUUGAGCAUCAGCAAGCACCGCUGCUCCUCCUUUUCCCCCAGCCCCGCUCCCCCUGCCUUCACCCUUGCUGGGAUGCCCUCGCCUGAUUCCCAGCAUUGCUGAGCCACCAGGACUGCCCCUGCGGAUGGCAGCACCUGCAGGUGCCCAGCACCGCUGCAAACCAUGCCUCCUUAGUAAGGACAGUAGGAAUCUUCAGGGAAUCUGCCCCAAGUGUCCCAGGGCAGGAGAAAAGUGCCUGCCUGCUUGCUACCAGAGGGGCGCAGGGAGUCAGUUUGUAUUUUGUGUUCAUCAGCCCAGCACUUAACAUCCAAAGACCAA